AUGCUCCUCGAGCUCGCCGACGGCAGCGCCUACGAGGGCUACAGCUUCGGCGCCGACAAGAACAUCGCCGGUGAAUGCGUCUUCCAGACCGGCAUGGUCGGCUACCCCGAGUCGCUCACGGACCCGUCGUACUCGGGCCAGAUCCUCGUCCUCACGUACCCGCUCAUCGGCUCGUACGGCGUCCCGAAGCGGCCGACCAAGGGCGCCAACCCGGCCGACCUCCCGCGCGAGUUCGAGUCGUACAAGAUCCACGUCGCCGGCCUCAUCGUCAGCAACUACUCGGGCGCCGGCCAGGACUUCUCGAACCACGCCGCCUACUCGGAGCUCGCCGAGUGGCUCAAGGAGGAGGGCGUCCCGGCCAUCUAUGGCGUCGACACGCGCGACCUCACCAAGAAGCUGCGCGAGCGCGGCUCGACCAUCGGCCGCCUCAGCCAGCGCAACAAGGGCGCCGACGCCCGCCUCGCCGCGCAGGACUGGCGCGCCGCGUACGAGCAGGUCGAGUACCACGACCCGAACGCCGACAACCUCGUCGCCGCCGUCUCGGUCCCGCAGCCGGUCCUGUACAAGGCCGACGCCGGCGUCGAGCCUCUGCGCCACCCGUCCGGCCGCAACCUGCGCGUCCUGUGCGUCGACGUCGGCAUGAAGUACAACCAGAUCCGCUGCUUCACCAAGCGCGGCGUCGAGCUCAAGGUCGUCCCGUACGACUACGACUACCUGUCGUCCUCGGAGGAGCCGUUCGACGGCCUGUUCCUGUCCAACGGCCCGGGCGACCCGGCGACGCUCACGACGACGACGACCAUCCUCGCCAAGGCCCUCGAGGCGGCGCGGUUCCCCAUCUUCGGCAUCUGCCUCGGCCACCAGCUCCUCGCCCGUGCGAGCGGCGCGAGCACGCUCAAGCUCAAGUACGGCAACCGCGGCGCCAACAUCCCGUGCACGUCGCUCGUCUCGGGCCGGUGCUACAUCACGUCGCAGAACCACGGCUACGCCGUCGAGCCCAAGUCGCUCAAGAACGGGUGGAAGGAGCUCUUCGUCAACGCCAACGACUCGUCCAACGAGGGCAUCUACUCGACCGAGCGCCCGUUCUUCUCGGUUCAGUUCCACCCCGAGUCGGCGCCCGGACCGCGCGACACCGAGUUCCUGUUCGACACGUUCAUCGGCGCCAUCCAGCGCAGCCUCGAGCAGCAGGCCAAGGGCGAGCAGCUCACGGGCGCCGUCACGUUCCCGGGCGGCGACGCUGCCGAGAACGCGGCCAAGUCGCCGCGCGUCGAGGUCCGCAAGGUCCUCGUCCUCGGCUCGGGCGGUCUCUCGAUCGGCCAGGCGGGCGAGUUUGACUACUCGGGCUCGCAGGCCAUCAAGGCGCUCAAGGAGGAGGGCAUCUACACCAUCCUCGUCAACCCCAACAUCGCGACGAUCCAGACGAGCAAGGGCCUCGCCGACAAGGUCUACUUCCUCCCCGUCACGGCCGACUCGGUCCGCAAGGUCAUCGAGCACGAGCGCCCAGACGGCAUCUACGUCACGUUCGGCGGCCAGACGGCGCUCCAGGUCGGCAUCAAGCUCAAGGACGAGUUCGAGGGCCUCGGCGUCAAGGUGCUCGGCACGCCCAUCGAGACGAUCAUCACGACCGAGGACCGCGAGCUGUUUGCCCAGGCCAUGGAGGAGAUUGGCGAGAAGUGCGCCCAGUCGGCCGCCGCCGAGUCGAUCGAGGACUGUGUCACGGCCGCCAACGAGAUCGGGUACCCGGUCAUCGUGCGCGCCGCGUUCGCGCUCGGCGGCCUCGGGUCGGGUUUCGCCAACAACGACAAGGAGCUCGUCGAGCUGUGCACCAAGGCGUUCGCCACCUCGUCGCAGGUCCUCGUCGAGCGCAGCAUGAAGGGCUGGAAGGAGAUCGAGUACGAGGUCGUGCGCGACUGCCGCGACAACUGCAUCACCGUCUGCAACAUGGAGAACUUUGACCCGCUCGGCAUCCACACGGGCGACUCGAUCGUCGUCGCGCCGUCGCAGACGCUGUCCGACUCGGACUACAACAUGCUGCGCACGACGGCCGUCAACGUCAUCCGCCACCUCGGCGUCGUCGGCGAGUGCAACAUCCAGUACGCGCUCAACCCGUACUCGCAGGAGUACUGCAUCAUCGAGGUCAACGCCCGCCUGUCGCGCUCGUCGGCGCUCGCGUCCAAGGCGACGGGCUACCCGCUCGCCUACACGGCCGCCAAGCUCGGCCUCAACAUCCCGCUCAACGAGGUCAAGAACUCGGUCACCAAGAACACGUGCGCCUGCUUCGAGCCGAGUCUCGACUACGUCGUCGUCAAGAUCCCGCGGUGGGACCUCAAGAAGUUCACGCGCGUGUCGACCGCCCUCGGCUCGUCGAUGAAGUCGGUCGGCGAGGUCAUGGCUAUCGGCAAGACGUUCGAGGAGACGCUCCAGAAGGCCAUCCGCUCGAUCGACCCGUCGUUCGCCGGCUUCAGCAAGAACAGCUACCCCGACGACCAGAUCGACGAGGAGCUCGCCAAGCCGACCGACCGUCGCCUGUUCGCCAUCGCCAACGCGCUCCACAACGGCCGCACCGUCGACGAGAUCCACAAGCUGUCGAACAUCGACAAGUGGUUCCUGCGCAAGCUCGAGCACGUCGUCCGCAUCGACAAGACCGUCCAGAAGUACACGGCUGCGCAGCUCCCCGUCGAGCUCCUGCGCACGGCCAAGCGCCACGGCUUCUCGGACGCCCAGAUCGCCAAGAUGCUCAACUCGAACGAGCUCGCCGUGCGCCGCCUGCGCCUCGACUACGGCAUCACGCCGCGCGUCAAGCAGAUCGACACGGUCGCUGCCGAGUUCCCGGCCUUCACCAACUACCUGUACAUGACGUACAACGGCGCCGGGCACGACGUCGAGUUCCAGGACAAGGGCAUCAUGGUCCUCGGCUCGGGCGUGUACCGCAUUGGCUCGUCGGUCGAGUUCGACUGGUGCGCCGUGCGCGCGAUCCGCACGAUCCGCGACCGCGGGUUCAAGACGGUCAUGGUCAACUACAACCCCGAGACGGUCUCGACCGACUACGACGAGGCCGACCGCCUGUACUUCGAGGUCAUCUCGCUCGAGACGAUCCUCGACAUCUACGAGGCCGAGACGUCGUCCGGCGUCGUCGUGUCGAUGGGCGGCCAGACGUCGAACAACAUCGCGCUCCCGCUCCACCGCCAGGGCGUCAAGGUCCUCGGCACCUCGCCCGAGAUGAUCGACAUGGCCGAGAACCGGUACAAGUUCAGCCGCAUGCUCGACAAGCUCGGCGUCGACCAGCCGCUGUGGAAGGAGCUGUCGACCAUGGACGCCGCCCACGAGUUCUGCAACAAGGUCGGGUACCCGGUCCUCGUCCGCCCGUCGUACGUCCUGUCGGGCGCCGCGAUGAACGUCGUCUACUCGGGCGACGACCUCGACGCCUACCUGAACCAGGCCGCCGCCGUCUCGCGCGACUACCCGGUCGUCGUCACCAAGUACGUCGAGGAGGCCAAGGAGAUCGAGAUGGACGCCGUCGCGCGCGACGGCAAGCUCGUCAUGCACUACGUGUCGGAGCACGUCGAGAACGCCGGCGUGCACUCGGGCGACGCGACCCUCAUCCUGCCGCCGCAGGACCUCGACCCCGAGACGGUCCGCCGCAUCGAGGAGGCGACGGCCAAGAUCGGCGCCGCCCUCAACGUCUCGGGCCCGUACAACAUCCAGUUCCUCGCCAAGAACAACGAGAUCAAGGUCAUCGAGUGCAACGUGCGCGCUGCACGCUCGUUCCCCUUCGUGUCCAAGGUCACCAACGUCGACGCCAUCGAGAUGGCGACCGACAUCAUGCUCGGCCUGCCCGUCACGCCCUACCCCGAGCUCAACCUGCCCAAGGACUACGUCGGCAUCAAGGUCCCGCAGUUCUCGUUCGGCCGUCUCGCCGGCGCAGACCCGAUCCUUGGCGUCGAGAUGGCGUCGACCGGCGAGGUGGCGUGCUUCGGCAAGGACAAGUACGAGGCGUACCUCAAGGCGCUCCUGUCGACCGGCAUGCGCAUGCCCGAGAAGAACAUCCUGUUCUCGAUCGGCCAGUACAAGGAGAAGCUCGAGAUGCUCCCGUCGAUCCAGAAGUUGCACGCGCUCGGGUACAACAUCUUCGCGACGAGCGGCACGUCCGACUUCCUCCAGGAGCACGGCAUCCCGGUCAAGUACCUCGAGGCGCUCGACGACGAGGACGACCGUGCCGCGCAGAAGUCCGAGUACUCGCUGCGCGAGCACAUCGCCAACAACCUGAUCGACCUGUACGUCAACCUGCCGUCCAAGAACCGGUACCGCCGCCCGGCGAGCUACAUGUCCAAGGGCUACCUGUCGCGUCGCAUGGCCGUCGACUUUGCCGUCCCGCUCGUGACCAACGUCAAGUGCGCCAAGCUCCUCAUCCAGGCCCUCGCGCGCAACCCGUCGCUCGCCAUCUCGAACGUCGACUACAAGACGUCGUCGCACACGGUCGUCCUCCCCGGCUUCAUCAACACGAGGUGCUUCGUCCCCGGCGUCGCCAUCCCGGGCUCGACCGACCUCGCCGAGGCGACCAAGGCCGCCCUCGCCGGCGGCUUCAUGACGGUCCAGGUCCUCCCGACCGGCGCCAAGUCGAGCGUGACCGACCGCGCCUCGCUCGACAUCGCGCGCGACAACGCGGCGACGGCGGCGUGCGACUACUCGCUGUCGAUCGCGGCCACGGCCGACAACGCGGGCAACCUCACGAGCGAGCUCAUCGGCGCCGCCCGCACCUUGUUCCUGUCGGCGUCGAUCCUGUCGGCCUCGCCCGACAAGGUGUCGACGGUCGCUGCGCACUUCCAGGCGUGGCCGCUCAACAAGCCGAUCGUCACCGACGCGCGCACGACCGACCUCGCGUCGGUCCUCCUCCUCGCGAGCCUGCACGGCCGCAGCGUCCACGUCACCAACGUCCAGACCGAGAACGACAUCCAGCUCAUCAGCCUGUCCAAGGACAAGGACCUCAAGGUGACGUGCGACGUCUCGGUCUACUCGCUCUUCCUCGCGCGCGAGCAGUACCCGGGCGCGACGUGCCUCCCGACGGCCAAGGACCAGGCCGCCCUGUGGGCGCACCUCGAGACGAUCGACGUGUUCGCCGUCGGCGCCCUCCCGUACCGCCUCGCGACCGAGCUCGACAAGCCGUACUCGCCCGCCGCCGGCCACGAAGAGGCCAUGCAGCUCCUCCUGUCGGCCGUCACCGAGGGUCGCCUGUCGCUCGACGACCUCACGUCGAGGAUGUCGGACAACCCUCGCGCCAUCUUCGACCUCCCGCCGCAGCCGGCCGACACGUACGUCGAGGUCGAGAUCGACCGCACCGUCAUCGUCCCGAGGCGCAGCUACUGGUCGCCGCUCGAGGGCAAGAAACUCGCCGGCACCGUCCACCGCGUCGUCCUGCGCGGCACGACCGUCCUCCUCGACGGCGUCCCGUCCAAGGUCUCGCUCGCCGGCCACGACCUGUCGUCGCUCGCCGGCGCGAGCAAGACCGAGCGCCGCCAGGCGCGCUUCUCGGUCUCGGCGACCCGCCCGUCGAUGCAGUCGCUCGGCUUCCCCUCGCGCGAGUCGAUCGCGUCGCCGACGACGCCCCUCAUGUCGCUCGCCGCCCCGACGUCGUCGGCCGUCGUCCCGUCGACGCCCAUGGCCAGCCUCCUCAAGCUCCUGUCGCAGUCGGCGCGCGCCUACCACCGCCGCCACGUCCUGUCGGUCCGCGCCUUUACCCGCGACGACCUGCACACGCUCUUUGGCGUCGCAUCCGAGAUGCGCAUGCUCACCGAGCGCGGCAUCCCGAUCGACAUCAUGCGCGGCCGCGUACUCGCCAACCUGUUCUACGAGCCGUCGACCCGCACCUCGUGCUCGUUCGAGGCGGCCAUGGCUCGCCUCGGCGGUUCGACCAUCACGGUCACGCCGGGCACGUCGUCGGUCGUCAAGGGCGAGUCGCUCGCCGACACGGUCCGCACCCUCGGGUGCUACUCGGACGUGAUGGCGCUCCGCCACCCGGCGGCCGGUUCGGCGCAGGAGGGCGCGCGCUACUCGCCCGUGCCCAUCAUCAACGCCGGCGACGGCAUCGGUGAGCACCCCACCCAGGCCUUCCUCGACAUCUACACGAUCCGCGAGGAGCUCGGCACGGUCAACGGCCUCACGAUCACCAUGGUCGGCGACCUCAAGAACGGGCGCACGGUCCACAGCCUCGUCAAGCUCCUGUCGCUGUACUCGAUCUCGCUCAUCUUUGUCGCGCCGCCGUCGCUCUCCAUGCCCGAGUCGGUCAAGGCCGAGGCGGAGAAGGCGGGCGUCCCGGUCCUCGAGACGACCUCGCUCGCGAGCGUGAUCGGCCGCACCGACGUCCUGUACGUGACCCGGGUCCAGCAGGAGCGCUUCAACACGCUCGAGGAGUACGAGUCGGUCAAGGACGCGUACGUCAUCAACAACGAGGUCCUCGCCAACGCCAAGGAGCACACGAUCGUCAUGCACCCGCUCCCGCGCAACCAGGAGCUCGACACGGCCGUCGACUUCGACCAGCGUCGGGCAGCCUAUUGGCGCCAGGCUCGCUACGGCCUCUUCGUCCGCAUGGCCCUCCUCAGCCUCGUCUGCGGCUCCCCUUCUUCUAGCCUCCCUUAGAGCCUUUUAUAUAGUGUCCUCUCCCUGUAGCGUGCAUGCCAUUUCAUCCAUCCCGGUUCGCGAGCA